AUGGCAUCGAUGGAGAGAAUCUGCUUGAGGCAUCGGUGGAUGAGUUGCUCGCGCACGGACCAAUCCCGCUUCGCAGGGGCCAAAGACGCCGCCAGUUCGGUGGAAUUAACAUGCCCCUCAGUGUUGCCGCUAUGCGCUCGCACGAACUUUGGCGAGGGCUUUGGAAAGGCCCGCUCCUCGGUGCGAUGUGGGGAAGAUUGGGCACCUUCCCGUGGGGGAUCGGCGAUGGGUAAGUAG